CACGAAGACACAAGAAAGAACCCGAGGGCUGCCAUUCGCCGUGUCAUUCACGACGACACAUGAUCGGUCAGGUCUCACUGUCAGAUCACCCACUCACAGUGCCUCAUAGCUUCUUAUUCGAUGCACACCCGAGCGACUGACAGACUUUGACUCACAUGAUCACACAGCAAGGCCCAGAAGCAGGCUUGUACGGCCGCAUGAUCUUUCUGAUCUCCCGGUUCUUCACCACUCGCCACGGCGUGUCCCCCUGUUGUGAUGAGAUGAGAUGAGAUGAGCACACUACUCAAACCCUCGAAGAUGUGAAUGUCUGUGGGCACUCACGUCCUCGUUUUCCAUGUCGAGCAGCGCACCGCCGCCCCACUCGAGCCUUUGAGAAGGAGACACAUAGAGACAGAGAGUGUGUGGAUGAGAUGUUCGCGUCAGUCAUUCAUCUGUAUUUCACAGCUGGGACACAGCUGCAGAUUCGCCUUCGGAUGCAGCCCAAUGGAGUGCCGUCUCUCCAUCCUGUGUGUGUGAUGUACACAAAGGAAAGGCAAUCAAUCAGAUGAGAGAAGACUGUGUUGCCUCACCUUGCUCGUCUGUGUGAGCAGGUCCUUUCGUUUGGCAUACAGGGCCUCCAUCACAUUGACAUGACCACACCCAGCAGCCAAUAUAAAUAGCGUGCGGCCAUGCUGCAACCAACACACACACACACGCACACGCAACACACAUACAGAGGCGUCAGAGACAUGUGUGUGCUCUGUUACCAGUUUGUUGCGUGCAUCGAUCAGUUUCGGAUCCCACUCCAUCAACUUAUUGACAGCCGCGACCUGGCCCUCCUGGGCAGCUAAGUGCAUGGCAUUCGAACCCCACUGCAUUCCAUCACAGCCAACACACAUCUCACUAUCACAAACAGCAGCACACAAGAUGGUUUGUCUGUGUCGGUACCCAUCUGUCUGUUUGCUUCAGUACGUCAGGUUUGCUCUCAUACAUGACCGACAUGACAUCGACAUGUCCCUCCCUAGCAGCCUCCAUGAAUGGCGUGCUGCCAUACUGCAAUCACCACACACACACACACAAUCAGCACAGUGAGGCGUCAGAGACAUGUGUGUGCUCUGUUACAUCGCUGCGUGCGCCGAUCAGUUUGGGAUCCCACACCAGCAGCUGCUCGACAGACGCAACAUUGCCCUUUUGGCCAGCAAAGUGCAGGGCAGUCAAACCAAGCUGCAUUCCAUCACACCCAACGCACAUCUCCUCUUCACAACCAGCACACAAGAUGCUUAGGUUGGUACCUCGUCUGUUUGCUGCAGUACGUCAGGUUUGCUCUCAUACAUGACCAACAUGACGCCCGCGUGACCCUCAGCUGCAGCCAACAGGAAGGGUGUCUUCUGUAGGAAUGAGAACACACAGACAGACCACUGAGGGCAUUCCUGUCAUCUUCAAACUUGCAUACCUUGGAAAGAAUUUCGCUCUCGUCUCGUUUGUCGAGUAUAUCCUUGCCGUCUCGCUCGAUGAGCAAAUGAACCGACUGCUCAUCGCCUUUUCUGACGGCAUCGAAGAUGUCAGCCUGCCACACAUCCAGCACAAGAACAGCGUCCCUUUGACGUGUGGGGUUCAGCUGCUGUGUCCCUUACGUGUUUGAUCUGUGGCUGUGGGGCGCUCGGCGGUGUCUUCACUAACGGCUGCUGGGCAGGGAGCGCUGCAACACACAAACCAUGGAUGACCAGUCGUAUGUCUCUCCAUGUGUUGUCUUCGUGCCUUCCACACCGACCUGUCUGCUCUUGAGCAACCACAAGUUCGACCUGUGCUGGAUGGACCAUAAUCGGCGGCCCCGGCACUGUGCUGGCCAUGCUCGUGUGAACACCCGGUGGAGCGCCAGCGGAAGGCACGUCAACGGGAGACACAGGGGAAGGGGGAACCAACACCGGGUCUGCACACAGUCAAGCAGUCAAAUGGGGGCUUUCUCGUGUCAAAGUGGAGCGUCAGUGGACCUGCACCCUUUGACGGACUCGCUGGAAUGCCCAGCUUGGCCAACAACUACCACAGUCAGGCAAGCAGACACGACAUGCCGACGCGUUUGUCCAGUGGUGCGUGUCAGGUACCUCUUUGGCUGUGGGGCGAUCUUCCGGCUUGAAGGCAAAACAACUCUGAUCACCGUCACAAUCGGAAGGGAAAUGCAGCACACGAGAAGAGCUCUCGGUUUACCUUGAUGGCACUUUUGAUGUGCUCAGGCAGGAAAUCGGGGAUGCGGGGGGUCUGACAAAAGUAAGCAGAGAACUUCAGAGGAUCUGUGAACAUGUGUCAACGUGGCAGGUCACCUGCUUUCGAACGACAGCGGCGGUGAUGAUGAUGAGAGGUGCUUGGCCCUCAAAGGGGGGCCCGCUUGGACAUUACAAGUGAAGGCUACUGUCUCUGACUGAAAGUGCAUCUGCUGACCGCCAAACAGCUGCGCGAUAAUGCAUCCAACCGCCCAUAUGUCCGCCUCCAUAGAGGGCUUCCCCACUGCACACACCGGCAGUCAUUCAAGUUCCCAAGGCGACCGGCUUUUCUUACACUCACAGUUGUCUGGAUCCAAUGAUUCAGGCGACAUGUAAUUGGGGGUUCCCUUAAUGCCGCCUGCAGUCCAGGGACGGAUGCACCAACACACACAGACGCACCUCGCUCACCGCAUUCCGCCAUCCCAUGUCUCUUGCUACCUGCAAAAGAGCUCGACGUCACUUGAACAUUCCGCGUCAUGCCGAAGUCACUUAUCUUGAUCACCAAAUGCUCGCCCAACUGAUAGACACGAGACACGACAAGAUGCUGCAGCCAUCGACCGAGAGGUGAAGGUUGUCUGCCCUUACGAGAAUAUUGCCCGGCUUCAAGGCUCGAUGCACGAUGUCGUGGUCGUGCAGAUACUGCACCCCCUCACAUAUCUGACGGCAAUCGACACACAAAUCUAGAUGUGACGCUGUCUGCUGUGCUGUACCUUUCUCACGAAUCUGUCUCGCACGUCGAGCGGCAGUGGUCUGUUCUUGGCCAAAUAUUUGUCCAGCGAUCCGCCCUUACACAACUCUGAGAAUUAUGGACACGCGACACACAGUCAGGAAACAGAUGAAUGAAUCGAGGUGACCUGAGACGAUCAUGAGGCCGUGCUUGGCGUCCGUGCAGACACCGAGAAACUGCACUACGUUGGGGUGUCGGAGGCAAAGCAUCUCCUGAGCCUCGGAUAGAACAUCCUCCAUCGCCCCAGCCAUCAGCUCCUGCAUCACAUGAUGCCUGUGUGCCACAUGAUUUGACACGCCCUGCGAUGCUCACGCUGUCGGUAAGCUCCUCCCCGGUAAGUGGGGAGGCCUCCCUCAAUUUCUCCAUCUUUGUGAUCUUUACAGCCACGUCCAGACCAUUCCACUUGCCCUGGUACACUAUACCGAAUGCUCCGCCCCCUGACACAGACACACAUGCAGAUGUACACAGAGGUCACCCAAUCGAUGACAUCGGGCCAGCAGUUGGUCGUGAGCGCACCAAGCUUCUUGUCACCCACAGUCAGGUCCCUCGCCCUGAUCAACAGGCGAGGGACGGGGGAAGCCAUGAGGAGCGAAGUUACGCACUCGUCACUGGCAGCCCCGCUGUCCGUUCGGCCCCCAAUGCCCCCAGGGUUCUCGACCACUGGCCAAGCACGGCAGAUCACGAGCGCUAUCCACAGACACAGACACAUUUUGGUCCACGUGCGGGUGCUCACUCGCUUUUCGUAUCUCAAGUGACUCAUUCAUUCAUUCAUUUGGGCGUCCUCAUGAACACACAAGGCAUUCAUUCCCAGGGCGGGAGUCCGGCUUACCAAGGUUUCCCUUGGCUACUCCCUGGGUUUCACAUUCCCCGUAUUUUAGAAGCGCGGGGGAAAAGCGCCCGGCCGCUAUUUCUAUUCCGCAGGGCUGGCGGCUGAAAAACUGGUUGUGCUCGUGUGUUUGUUUGUGUGUGUGUGAGUCUGGUGUGUGUGGCGUGGGGGUGUGUGUGGGGGGUGCCCCGCCCACAAGGUCCUGGCCCCCAUCCGCCGUCUCGCAUGCAGCACGCAGACUGGCUUGAAGACGUACUCGGAGUGGCCAGGGCAUGCCUGAGCUUCACCAUGCAUGUGCACAUGUGACCCCGAGUGCCCAUCGUUUUGCCCGUCUCACCUCCUUACAUUUUACCUCACCGUAGACGUUUUCCAUCCGUCUCUGGACAGCUCAGAGUCGCUGGAAGCAAGGCACUGCUGCAGCCUCCACCGCCUGAACCUUCUCCUACCCCUGCGGCGUCUGCUGCCCACGGAAACAGCGGUUGCAGGUACAGCUGGUGUGCUCCACAUCGUGCUUCACUGCAAGUCCCACAUCAUGCGGACCGGGCUGAUGGGGCGGAGGUGUCCUCGGCCUUCUUCAAGCUUGAAAAAGCCUCGUAGAGGACAAAAUGAGGGGCAUCUAAGCGAUGU